AUGGCUUUAACACGAAAAGGGCAAGUUUACAGCGUCGGCAAUUAUUUAAUGACUGGUAAAGUUCUUGGAAAAGGUCAUUUUGCGAAAGUUGAGGAGGCAACGCACCGAAUAAUUGGAAAAAAGGUGGCAAUAAAAAUAAUAGAUUUGACCUGCAUUAAGGAAGACUAUGCCAGACGUAAUUUACAUCGCGAGCCCCGAGUUAUGGCCAAGUUGCGCCAUCCGUGCAUUGCUGCUUUAUACGAGACCAUGAUGCACGGGCCGCGGCUCUACGUGGUGAUGGAGGCGGCGGGCGGUGGGGACCUGUGCUCGCACGUGCUGGCGGCGCGCGGCGCGGCGCGCGGCCUGCCCGAGCCGCGUGCGCGCGCGCUCGCCGCGCAGCUCGUGUCCGCCGUGCGCCACAUGCACUGCAGGGGCGUCGUGCAUCGUGAUUUGAAGAUGGAGAACAUAAUGCUGGACAGCACCAAGCAGUUUAUUAAAAUUGUUGAUUUCGGUCUAUCGAACGUGUGGUGCGCGGGCGGCGCGCUGCGUACGCCGUGCGGCUCGCUCGAGUACGCGGCGCCCGAGUUGUUUGUGGACGGACGCCGCUACGGGCCGGAGGUUGACUUGUGGAGCAUCGGUGUGAUAGUGUACGGCAUGGUGACGGGCGGGUUGCCGUUCGCGGGCGAGGGGGAGGGCGCGGCGGGCGGGGCGGGCGGCGCGCACAGCUCGCGCCCGCACCUGCGCGCCGCUAUCGCUCGCGGCUUCAGUAGGAAGCAACGCGCCGCACUUACAUGCGUGUCUACGGAGUGCAAGAUGUUCAUCCAACAGCUUUUGGAGCCAAAAGUGGAGCUUCGCAUGAAGAUAGAGGAGGCGGCGAGACACCGCUGGGUGAAGCGACCCGGCAUGCGGAUGAAGACACACCCACUGGCCGCUCCGGAUAGUAAAGCUAAUAGAGAGAUAUACCGACAAAUAUCUGAACUAUGCGGCCAGUCAUUUCUGGACAUUGUAGCUCAGAUAAAAGCGGAGCCUUUUGGCGCUACAGCCGGCAUUUAUAACAUCAAGACGCACCUCCACCAAAUGCAAGCAGCAUCUGGCCCAGACCUGCUCUGGUCCUCCAGUACCCAGGAACCAAGACCCGUAUCACCCCCCGAAUAUCACGCAAAAUAUGAAAUCGACACGCCAAUUUCCCACUCAGUUUCUAGCAUUGCCAAGUUUGUCCAGUCGAGGCAAUUCGAAAACCAACGGAUUACUCAGACUAAACAGUGUUCCGAAGCUUCAGUUUUGAAAACUGGCGAAACGGACAGACAGACCAGCAAAAUGUCUCGACCCUUGAGCGUUUUAGGACUCAGGAAGCCAGUUUUCAGGGUGUAUGAGAAUGGAGAUGGUUUGGACCGCAGGUUGCCGAGCAUCAACGAGCAUUCCAACCCAGAUUUGAACGAUAAGAAGAAUAGGAAGGAGUUGAAACCACCAGUGCGGAAAGACGAGGAAGUGAGGCUGAAUAGUUGUCCGAAUAAAGUCAGCGAUGUUAAACGAUCGGAGUUUUAUAGGCGCGGUGGGGAUGGGUUGCCAAGCUGGCGAGCGAGUGGUGUGACGAGAACGCAGGCGCCGAGAAUAUUGAUACAGAGCAACGCAACAACCAUUAAGCGGGCUUCUUUGGGGAACAUUGUGAGCCCUCAUUCGUCAUCAAACAGUCAAUGCAAGAGCGAGAGAGCGAUGCCUGUGGGUUGGUACUCAAAUAGACCUAUCGCCAAGGAGUCAUAUACGCAGCGUCUCAGACGGACAGCACCGAUUAAAUGACGUUUUAUACUACAUGCAAACUUAACUUUUCGAUGAGCUUAUUUUUUAAGAUUUUUACUCAAAUCUUUGUGUUAAUUUGUAUGUAAUUUUAAG